AUGACUGCACUGCAGAAAAUCCUAGGUUCACAAGCAACGAUGCUAGACCUCGAAACCACGUACUCCCGAGCAGCUAUACCCAAUCCUAAUCACUGCGCAAUCGAGCUCAAAGACCGGAGCUUCAAUGCCAUCAUCACCGAACGGCAGCAGCAGUUGGAUACCGUUUUGCACGAGAUCUCAGACCUGCAAACAGUUAUGGAUAGUAUUCAAAACCUUCACCAGCAACUCGUCGAAAAGAAGGUCAAGAUCGUCGAGUCCAUUAAUUUGCAUAAGAGACUCAGAUCGGCUCUGUGGCGCUUGCCAACUGAAGUCCUCUCCCACAUUUUCGUUUACUGUCUCCCGGGAGACAAGUAUUUGUUGCCCACACCCGGGGUGGCUCCCAUGCUGUUGACGAGAAUAUGCCGACGAUGGAAGGAGGUUGCCGUGGCCAUGCCCAGUUUAUGGUGCAGGCUACAGUUGAAAACCGAAUACGAUGACUGGAAGUGGCAGGGAGCCUUCUGUUAUGACUCAUGGCUCAAGCGAACCCUAGGAUGUCCGCUCUCGCUGGAACUCCAAUGCAACGGUCACUGGACCCAAGUACAAAACCUCCUUCAACCUUACUUCACUCAAAUAUCGUCUCUCUCUAUUGAUUUUUGGGCAUCAGACACACCUGAACUUAUGGUGCUCACAGGCUGCCAAGCCCUUGAGGAGCUGUCCGUGACCUUUUCUGAUGAUAUGGCUGGUGACGAUAUGCUAGCUCGUGUUGGACGCGCUAUCUCGCAGCUGCCGUCCACUCUGUGCAAUCUCAGUGUAGCAGGGUGGGCACUUAGCCUCGGGGACGUAUCCACUUUCGAUCCCGUAUGGGCCCACCUGACAACAGUCGAGAUCCUCGUACAGGAAUCAGGCACUGCUCUCCACUUACUCCAGCUAGCUCCCAAUCUCUCCUCGUUGACGAUUCACGCAAUAUCUCACGGCAUCCAAACGGCGUUCGAGUCAUUCACACACACCAAACUUAAAUCCUUCGAAAUCAUUUGUGAAAAUAGCUCGCGCCGAGGGCCCAAAUUAUCUGCCCUGCUCGAUGCACUCUCGCUACCAGCUUUACGAGUUCUUUAUCUUCACAAUAUAGGAGCGUGGCCCCACAUGGAGUUCAAGGCAUUCCUGGCACGGUCAAAGUGUCCAUUGAAGAGCCUGGGCUUCGGCGGUCGAAUGACACCGGGAGAUAAGCAGCGAGCGGAAUAUGACGAAUACCUAGCCACAGUCUCGGAUAGUGAAAGGAAACGACAAUGGGCGUCGCGCAUUAAACGGGAGUGUCGGGAGUAUCCAGAAUACUACAUAUAUACGAUAGAUUUCGAUUCCAAGCAACUAACAAGCGAUCUAGAACGAACGGCUUUGUCACUCUAUCAGCACAUACAGCGCAGACGGCACGAUCUCAAAUGUCAUGACAUCUUCUCCAGCAAUGCAACGCAGUUUCCUAGGCAUGAGCGCGCACCGAUGAUCAAAAUGCUGCACAGUCCGGUCAAAGGCAUGGAGAACAUUGUUAUUAGAUAUAGGGCUACACCACGUGGAGGGCCGUCCGAGGUGCCCGGCGGUGGAGGGUUACUACUUGCGCAACGCGAAGUCGAGAUGGAGCAAGGUAAUGCGGUAGAUGAAACGACACUUGAGAUCGUGCCGUCUGCGAGACACUAG